UCACAUUGCUUCAUUGAUUGUUUUGUAAAAUCCUAAGCCUAAGAAGUAAAACAAAUGUUAAAGUUGGAGCUAAGAAGUGAAAUAUGGCGUGUGUCAACUAAUAAUAAUACAUCUCGAAGUUCUAUAACUUACAUUGAUUGUGAAAAUUUAUUUCUAUUAUCGUUUGAUAAUGACAUAUUUAUCAUCAUCAGCAGUUAAUUGUUUUUAUAAAGCUUUCAAAGUUUGAUUGCACUGUCUUCAGAGAAGUUUAACUUGCUGCAGUUGUAAGUUGCAUCUCGUAACAUAGCCAAAGCCCAAACCGAUUGUAGUGCUUGGAUUUUAAGUUAGCUUUUCUCUAGUUCUGAAUUCCGAACAUUGACUUCACAUUUAUUUCCAGCUUAACAUUUUUAUUAGUAUACAAGGGUAUUCAUGAGAGUUUGAACAAAAAUGGGAGCCAAGCAAAGCACUAGUGGUCAUAGUCCUCGUAGCAGUUCAGCUAAUGAAGCUUGUGGCUCUCCAUCUACAACAACAAGUAGUUUUGGAAUUUUGGGACAUGGGCACAGAACUGGAACGAGUGCUGCUGAUGCUCGACAACGGGCUCGGAGUCUCUCUAGCGUGUUAAGUGUAAAUGGAACUUCUAGCCAGCCUUUAGGCAUACCUUCAGGCCCCAGUGUUAGUCUAGGAAUAUCUGAUUCACCCAACUCAGACACUAGUACUCCUGAUGACACAUCUCCUUUCAGCAGAGUUUUUGCUGCCCAUUCUUUGCCUGCUCAGCUCAUGUCUCUUAACGGUUGGAUUUGUGCACCAAACAACGAAUAGUCACAGAUGAAAGAUUGAAGCAAAGCUGUAAAUGUCUUCCAUGUAUAUAUUACAAUGGUUACUGAGUUAAUAACAUUAAAUGAUUGUUUUAAAAGAGCUCAUAUUAGAGAUAAGCAUUUAGCUAUCUAAUUGAGUUUUCCUAGCAUAUAUUUAUUUUGCACAAAUUUUAAAGGUUUAUGGCUAAGAGGAGGGCUCAAACCUCUCAUGCCUUGAGUAAUGUAGCACUGGUUAUCUUUGUAGCAUCAUGUAAUUAGUAAGCAAUGUAUUAAGUUAAACUGCACUAUUGUUUAGUCUAAAGAAGGUAAACAUGAACAACAGGCAAUGCUGUGUGUGGUUAUUUAACCAAUGGCCACUAGGCCACACUCUGACAUUUGUAAGCUAUUUACAAGCAGAGUAGAACAUACGCACAACAUCAUGCUAAGGGCAUUAAUACUAGCUAUGGUGUCAUGUGAGGUCACCAACGUCAGUUGGUGUGUAUCUGCAAUUGAACAAGGUCAUCUGCUGCUGUCCUUAAUUUUGAACUUCUGACUAGGGAGAAGGCAACUGGCUAGUAGCACUCCAUGUGCCACCAAUUCUUGAGAGCUACUCUCUUUAUCAAUGAUUAGGUUUGACUGUAAUAUUAUGAUGCCCCUUGGCUGGUAUAGUCUAAUAAUAGCUCCAUGAAGUAAGGAUCACAUAAUUCAAUAACCAGUGCACCAAAGAUGUUUGCCUUUUCAGCUGUAAGAGUGUUAUAAUGUAGUGACCAAUAGUAGGGGUCAAUUCCACUAUUCAGUAAUGAAAGAUUAGACCAAAAGUUGGCAGUGAGUGCUUCUGGCUGGUUGUCUUCCCUCUGGUCAGUAGUUCAAAAAUAGGGGUAGUGACAGAUAGCCUCAGUGGCUUUGUCAAAACUAAAAGAGAGAGAGAGAGAAAAAAAAGGCAUAUAAUGUCCUCGAGGCUGAAUAGACAAGCUCGUUUGAUGGUAAUGGGAAUUGAACCCAAAAUUUUCUAAUCCUGGAAAGUACUGGUCUGAAGCUGAACAAACUUGAAUGCAACAAAAAUAUAAUAAUGAGAAAUCAUGGUGUCAUUAUUUUAAUUACUUUGAUAGUAGGAAUAAUCAAAAAUAGUAAUAUUCAAACAAUACAAAUGUUUUGUUAAUUAAAGGAUCAAAAACACAGCCUAGAACACAGUGAUAUAAUUAUUAACUUUCAGUGUAAUGUUCUCAUUUUUGUAUGACUGAGCAUUUGUAUUUUAAAGUGGAUUUUUAUUUGGUUUUUGCCUAUAAUCCUGCAAAAUGAAACCAUGAACAACAUACUUUUCUUGAUAGUCAGUUAUGUGGAUGUUUGAAUAACUAUUAAUAGGCCAUGCAAAAUCAUUGAAUGGUAUUUGCAUCAUAACAUAAUACAAACACAACAAGGGGCCAUUUGGUUCUUUAAGGUUGUUCUUGCUCACCCACCCUCGAGAGAAGUAAAUAUUUAUACCCACCCUUUAUUUUUCAGGAAACAGUUGAUUUCUCCAUUACACUUCUUGUAUAGUACCAGCCUAUGCUUCUGCCAGUGGCAAAUGAUUUUAUAAGCCAAUCAUCCUGUUAAAAAGAUAAUACUAUUUUAACUGGUGUAGUCGUUUUUUACAAAUCUUACAACUUGUGUCUGCUCAUCUUGUACUCUUCAGAAUACAAUACACAUCCACAAACAAAACCACACAUGUAAUAAAAAAAAAAAUCAAAUACUUUUAUUACAUUGAUCCCCCAGAUAAUAUCAUACAAUAAACUUAAAUAGGUUUCGCAUCUUAUCCUUUUUUUUUGCCAAAAGAAAAUAAGUUGUAGAGGUCUUAACUUAUCUGUUCCUUCCCUGAAAUCAUCAUCAUAAUAGCCCUCUUUAAAAAACUUUCCAGUACUCACUGUAGUAGUGUAAUCAAUUGCACAUAAAAUCAUUGAUCAUGCAUGCAUCAUCAUAAAACUAAAAUUAUUGAAUAUAUUUUUAAAAAAUUUAAAGCCUAAAGUUUGAAUUUAAAGAUCUUAUUUCACGUACUUAAAAAUGCUUAAAUGUUUUGAAUAUUUUGGAUUUUAUUUGAAAAUUAUUGAAAUUUGGUUAACAAACCUGCAUGAUCUGUGAAGUGGUGUAAAACUACACUAGCAUCAUUUGCUGCCUCUGUCUUCUUAAAAAUAUAGUUCUCUCUAGUUACCAGUACAUUUUGUCUUUCAGUUUUAGUUUCAGUACUGCUUUAGUUUUUUAUUUGUU